AACAAUAAUUAUUACUGUCAUUGUCACCUGAACUCGUAGUUUUAAGUGGUUUAUAGAAUACAGAAUUCACGUUCAUUUAUUUAUUGAGUAAAAAUUACAAGAUGUCUCAAGUAAAAUCCAACAAAAAAUUUAAAUGGGCAUUAGACUAUAAUCAAAAAAACAAAACCCAAGCGACUGAAUUACCCUCACCACCCGGUUAUAGUCAAUCUGCCAAUGCCAGCUAUACAGAAUCAUCAAAGGAAACCGACUCUAAUUUACUUUUGAUUAAAAAACUUUGGGAUGUUGCUCUUGGACCUUUAAAACAGGUGCCUAUGAAUUUAUUCAUAAUGUAUAUGGCGGGAAACUCUAUAUCGAUAUUCCCCAUAAUGAUGGUGGGUAUGUUGAUAGUGAGGCCAAUUAAGGCAUUAUUUUCAACUCAGAGCACAUUUAAAAUGGUUGAAGGUACUCAAGCAGCUGGGCAAAAGUUUGUUUAUAUCAUUGGAAACAUAGUAAAUAUAUUUUUAGCCCUCUAUAAGUGUCAAAGUAUGGGAUUACUACCAACCCAUUCAAGUGAUUGGUUAGCAUUUGAAGAACCAAUAACAAGGGUUGAAUAUGUUGGAGGUGGUUUAUCCAUGCUUUAAGUAAAACAAUACAUAAAUUCUGUUAUAUUCCUACUUUCCUUUAUUUAAAAUCAUUACAAUAUUAUUUACAAUAAAUAAAAUUUAA